UAUCUCCAAUCGCAGCACGCUCUAAUGCAGCUCUCUUUUUGAAGGAAGAGCAGAGAGAGCGAGCAAAGAACAGAGAAGAACAAAUCAAUGGCGGGCCUCUCAGCGCAGUACUCAGCGUCCUCUCCUCUUCUCACUUCCAAAGUUCGAUCCUUUCGCUCCUCAGCUCCACUCUCCAUCGUCUCCAUCCCCAGUCGUAGAAUAUCUCACAAAGGAAUCAGAAUCCGCGUCCCUCUUCGUGUCUCAAAUGUCGCUGCAACCGAAAUCGCCACCGAAGAAGCAAAGAAGAAAGCCAAAGAGAGCCAACGCCCAGUGUACCCUUUUGCAGCAAUAGUAGGUCAAGAUGAGAUGAAGCUUUGUUUGCUUCUUAAUGUGAUUGACCCCAAGAUUGGGGGAGUGAUGAUAAUGGGGGAUCGAGGAACUGGGAAAUCAACGACGGUGAGGUCUUUGGUCGAUCUCUUGCCAGAGAUCAAGGUUGUUGUGGGCGACCCGUUUAAUUCGGACCCAGAGGAUCCAGAGUCAAUGGGGCCUGAAGUGAGAGAUCGGGUUGCUAUGGGGGAGUCCAUUCCUGCUAGUACUACUAAGAUUACCAUGGUUGAUCUUCCCCUUGGUGCAACUGAGGAUAGGGUAUGUGGCACCAUUGACAUUGAAAAAGCCCUAACCGAGGGUGUCAAGGCAUUCGAACCAGGUUUGCUAGCAAAAGCAAACAGAGGAAUCCUCUACGUCGAUGAAGUCAACUUAUUGGAUGAUCACUUAGUCGAUGUUCUUCUAGAUUCUGCUGCCUCUGGCUGGAACACUGUAGAAAGAGAAGGCAUUUCAAUUUCUCACCCAGCACGAUUCAUUCUAAUUGGUUCAGGAAAUCCAGAGGAAGGAGAACUCAGACCUCAGCUUCUUGAUCGAUUUGGUAUGCAUGCUCAAGUUGGAACUGUUAGAGAUGCAGAACUUAGAGUAAAGAUCGUUGAAGAAAGAGCAAGGUUUGACAAAGAUCCAAAGGGGUUCAGAGAAUCAUACAAAGCAGAGCAAGAGAAGCUCCAGCAACAAAUUGGUGCAGCUCGGAGCUCAUUGAGUUCAGUUCAGAUUGAUCAUGAUUUGAGAGUGAAGAUUUCUAAGGUUUGUGCUGAAUUGAACGUUGAUGGAUUGCGAGGAGAUAUUGUGACUAAUAGAGCUGCAAAGGCUUUAGCUGCUUUGAAGGGGAGGGAUAAGGUUAUAGCAGAAGAUAUUGCAACUGUGAUUCCUAAUUGUUUGAGGCACAGGCUGAGGAAGGAUCCUUUGGAGUCUAUUGAUUCUGGGGUGCUUGUUAUAGAGAAGUUCUAUGAGGUAUUUAGCUGAAGGAUUUUGAUGAGGUGAAAGAUGCGAUGCUUGUUUACUGUUUUGGAGAAAUUAUCUUGAUUUUGAUGUCUUCUAGUAGAACUGUUGCCUUAUUUUCUCGGUGUAAUGAGUUCCUUAAGCGUUUUAUGUUUGUAUACGAGAAGUUUAGCUAGCAUGGAUUUAAGAGGAGAGAAUCAUACACAUGAUAUUUUCUUGAAUAUAAGAUUGUCAAAUUUCUUUUA